GCUUUUAAAACGAGGGGAGUGCAAGUUGAAAUAUGGUAUAAAGCCAUCCAAUUCUAAUCUCCCUUGCACAAUGUCGGCCGCUUCAGUCAAUAGCUUGUGCCUUACCUCUCUUUCCCCCGCUCAGUCCUCAGCUAAAAGAGCCGCAUUACGUCCUUCUGUUGUUGCUAGUCUCAACUCCUCUCCUUCUCCUCCCAAUCUCAUCAGAAACCAACCCGUUUUCGCUGCCCCCGCCCCCGUCAUCAAUCCUUCUUGGAGAGAAGAUAUGGCAAAACAGUCUUACGAGGAGGCCGUCGAAGCUCUCAAGAAACUUGUCAUCGAGAAGGAAGAGCUGAAACCUGUAGCUGCUGCAAAAGUAGAGGAGAUAAGGGCUCAGUUGUCGACUCCAUCUGGUACCAAACCCAUCGAUGAUUUAUCUGAGAGGAUGAAGGAUGGCUUCAUUUUCUUCAAGAGAGAAAAAUAUGAGAAAAACCCAGCUUUGUACGGUGAGCUUGCCAAAGGCCAGAGCCCUAAGUAUAUGGUAUUUGCUUGCUCGGACUCGAGGGUUUGCCCAUCACAUGUGUUGGAUUUUCAACCCGGGGAGGCUUUUGUAGUCCGUAAUGUUGCUAAUAUGGUUCCAGGAUUUGAUCAGACUAAAUACGCUGGAAUUGGAUCUGCCGUGGAGUACGCAGUUCUGCAUCUCAAAGUGUCUACCAUUGUGGUCAUUGGACACAGCGCUUGUGGUGGCAUCAAGGGACUCAUGUCUUUCCCAUUUGAUGGAAACUACUCAACUGAUUUCAUAGAAGAAUGGGUCAAAAUUGGUUUACCUGCCAAGAAGAAGGUGUUAUCAGAAUGUAAGGAUUUGGAUUUCGGAGCUCAAUGUUCAUACUGUGAAAAGGAGGCUGUGAAUGUGUCCCUUGGAAAUCUGCUGACUUAUCCAUUUGUGAGAGAUGGGUUGGUGAAGAAAACACUGUCACUCAAGGGUGGUUAUUAUGAUUUUAUUAAAGGAAGUUUUGAACUGUGGGGACUUGACUUUGCGCUUUCUCCAUCACUCUCUGUUAAAGAUGUGGCCACCAUACUCCAUUGGAAGCUCUAGGGACAAGCAUAGAGGUAAUCAGUCAUCACUGCAAAGAUGAGGCUCCUUUACUUCAUUAUAGCAUAAACUGGGUUGUGUAGACAAGUCCUAUUAUGGAGUCCAUCUCAAUUAAUUAAUACUGUUCUGGCAAAGUUCCUUGACA